AUGGAUGAAAAUAAUUCUGAUGACAAUCAAGAGACAAAAAUGUGGACGCCCAGAAUUGAAACGAAAUUAAUAAAUAUGUUGAGAGAUGAGAUUAGAAACAAUCAAACAACGGGCCGUACUACUUCGUGGACAAUUAGGCAUUGGAAUCAUUAUGCAAAUCAGUUGCACAACAUGUAUGGAUUUCGGUAUACAGGAAAGCAAGUGUGCCAAAAAUAUCAACGACUGAAAGUUGAUUACCAGACAUUUAAGCGACUCCAGGCAGAGACUGGUCUGGGAUGGGAUCCCAUUAUAGGCACUGUUGUUGCACCCGAUGAAUUUUGGGAUAAGGCUAGAAGAAAUGUGAAGAAGUUUAGGACAAAAGGAUUUGAAUAUUUUCAAGAAAUGGCAGAAAUUGUGGAAAAUUGUUGUGCCACAGGGGCGUUGUCUCGUGCAUCCACACAAGGAGCCCUUGACUCAGAAGAAGAAGAUGACAUGUUAAAUAAAUUUUGGAACCCUGAUGCUGGUGGGAGUAAUGCUACUGAGGCCAUUCCUGUUGACUUAUUCGGGGAUGAGUACAUAGAUCCAGCAAAGGGCAAAAGUCACAAGAGGGACCCUAUAACCUGCCAGACUGACAGUGAUCGUUCCAAAAAGUCACGGUCAAGUGGGUUUGAUGAUGUGUGCGCAGCUUUCACAUCUUAUGUACAAGCAAAAACAGGACAUUCACGUGCACGAGAAAAUGAGACAGAGACUGUAAGUGCAGGUGGUGAUGAUUAUUCCCUUGAUGCAUGUCAAGAUGCAUUGCUAGAGCUUGGAGACAUAACACCGUUGCAGUACGUUAGGGCACUGACACUAUUCAAGGAUAAGGAAUGGCGAAGACAAAACCAUAUGUCAUCCGACAGAGAAAACAAUACAAUGGAGAUCUCAUCAGAGGAGGAUGAGGAUUGUGUCGGUGCUAUCGAUGGCACAUUGGUGGAUGCAUGGGUCCCUGCUUCAAGACAAAAUACAUUCCGCUGUCGGAAAGCAACGGUAUCGCAAAAUGUACUCGCAGCUUGCGACUUCGAUAUGUUGUUCACAUUUAUUAAUUCUGGAUGGGAAGGUAGCGCUCACAACAACGCUAUUUUGGUUGACUCUAUUACACGAGCUGAUCUACAGUUCCCACACCCACCCAAUGUUGACUGUAAGUACUAUUUAGUUGAUGUUGGUUUCAUGAACAUGCCUGGAUUUCUUGCCCCAUUUCAGUCUCAACGGUAUCACUUGCAAGAGUUUCGUGGUCGUCGUUAUGCAGGACCUAAGGAAUUGCUUAACCAUCGACAUUCGUCGUUACGCAAUGUCAUAGAAAGAACAUUUGGUGUUCUGAAUAAGCGCUUCCCAAUAUUGCGGUCCAUGCCAAAUUACAAGUCUACAAGACAAGGGCCUCUCGUGAUUACAUGUUGUGUAGUGCACAAUUGGAUCCGUUUGCAUGCAGCUAUGGACCCAUUCUUUAUGGAAGCUGAUAAUGAAAUGGCCGCAGAAGUAGAAGCAGACGGGCUUGCUGGAGACCAAGCUGAGUAUGUUGACAUGUCACAACAUGGGUUAACAUACCAAUCGAACGUUAGGGACGCAAUUGCUACUGCUAUAUGGCAAAAUCAUGUGGUGUUGGAGGUGGAGGGUAAUAGUGAUGGCACUGAUUGUACCGUUCUUGUUCCAAGGCUAAAUAAUCAGUCCAGUAAUGGGGUUGUUCAUUUGGUGGCAUGGCAUUGUCAUUGGGUUCUUCCUUUAUCAGGUAUUGGUUCAUUUUCAAUAUUAAUAGAGCCUAUCAAGGUGUCAGCACCACCACCUCGGGUCAGUGUGUACUCAGAAAUUGGUGAAGUGAUUCUGACAUAUCCUUCACCUUCAAGGUUGACAUCAUGCACUUUGAAAAUUAUGGUUAACAAAGCUCCAAAAGGGUUUGAGGAUUCACCACGUUUGGGUCUGGUUCGUUUUGUUCUUGGCAUGAUGACUGCAACAGUGAAAGAAAAAUGUACCCAGGAUACCACCGAGGAUUUGGCUGGAGUUACUAGCUUCAUUUUAAAGGUGGUGUUGGAGGUGGAGGGUAAUAGUGAUGGUACAGCUGAGUGA